AUGACGGACCAAUCGGACCGCCAUGCCAAAAGCAGCCGAGGGCACGCCCAGUGCACCGCGGCACCGAAGCGUGUUAACGGGGUUAUAGAACUGGCCUCCAUCCGCCAGUUCCACCAGAAACAGUCCCGGGCGGCUCACACUGACACAGAGACCCCCCGCCCCUCGAUUCAGGGUCUUCAAUGA